AUGGAAUUUGCGAUGGUGGGCGCGGACGGCGGGUGUAACAGCCACCCGCCCUACGGGUACGCGCGCGCCCGGGAGCGGGAGAGGGCGCGGGCGGCAACCGCGGCGGCGGCGGCGGCGGCGGCAGCGGACGGCGCGGACGCAGCCGGGGGGUCCACCUCCUCCUCCUCCUCCUCAUCCUCCACCUCCUCCUCCUCCUCCUCGGGCGCGCAUCUCCUUAACAACCGCGCCGCCUCCUCCAUCAGCAGCACCGCCUCCUCCUCCUCCUCCUCCUCCUCCCCGCCGCACCACCAGGACUCCGAGUUCCUCAGAGGGCGCAAACGGCAACGCGGCGCCGGACGCUGGAGACUCGGCGGGGACCUGCGCCACUCCGAACUGGCGCUGCUCGGCUCCGAGGAGGACGUCAUGAUCGAGGAGGAGGAGGAGGAGGAGGCGGAUGGAAGUAAGACUUUCCCGCCCAACAUGGACGCGGAUGAGGACGACGACGAUACGGUGUCCAUCACCGAUAAACGUCCCCAGUCCGGAUACGAGAACCUCUUCAGCGAGUUGGGCUGCUGCGAGCGAGUCGUCAUCAACGUGUCCGGGCUGAAGUUCGAAACCCAGCUGAAAACUCUCACCCAGUUCCCGGACACUUUGCUGGGGGACGCGGAGAAGCGCACCCGCUACUUCGACCCGCUGCGGAACGAGUACUUCUUCGACCGGAACCGGCCCAGCUUCGACGCCAUUUUGUACUACUACCAGUCCGGGGGCCGCUUGAAAAGACCCGCCAACGUGCCCUUCGACGUCUUCUCCGAGGAGGUGAAGUUCUACCAACUCGGCGAGGAGGCCAUGUUGAAGUUCCGCGAGGACGAGGGCUUCGUGAAGGAGGAGGAGAAGCCGCUGCCGGAGGACGAGUUCAAGCGGCAGAUUUGGCUGCUCUUCGAGUACCCGGAGAGCUCCAGCCCGGCGCGGGGCAUCGCGGUGGUAUCGGUGCUCGUCAUCGUCAUCUCUAUCGUCAUCUUCUGCCUGGAGACGCUGCCGGAGUUCCGCGACGACAAGGAGUACCUGCGCCCGAACGCCACCGCCCAGCACGGCUUCACGCCCUUCAACGACCCCUUCUUCGUGGUGGAGACGGUGUGCAUCGUCUGGUUCUCCUUCGAGAUCGUCGUGCGCUUCUUCGCCUGCCCGAGCAAGGCGGACUUCUUCAAGAACAUCAUGAACACCAUCGACAUCGUCUCCAUCCUGCCCUACUUCAUCACGCUGGGCACGGACCUGGCGCAGCACCAGGGCAACGGGCAGCAGGCGAUGAGCUUCGCCAUCCUGAGGAUCAUCCGGCUGGUGAGGGUGUUCCGCAUCUUCAAGCUGUCGCGCCACUCCAAGGGCCUCCAGAUCCUGGGCCACACUUUGCGCGCCAGCAUGCGCGAACUGGCGCUGCUCAUCUUCUUCCUGGUCAUCGGCGUCAUCCUCUUCUCCAGCGCCGUCUACUUCGCCGAGGCGGACGAGCCCACAUCGCAGUUCACCAGCAUCCCCGACGCCUUCUGGUGGGCGGUGGUCACCAUGACGACGGUGGGCUACGGGGACAUGAAGCCCAUCACCGUGGGCGGGAAGAUCGUGGGCUCGCUGUGCGCCAUCGCCGGCGUGCUGACCAUCGCGCUGCCGGUGCCGGUGAUCGUGUCCAACUUCAACUACUUCUACCACCGGGAGACCGACAACGAGGACCAGGCGCCGGUGGUCGAGAGCAUGCCGCCCGGGUGCCCGCACUUCCCGGACUUUUUACGCAAAUUCAAAGGCUCGCCGUCCGGCUCCUCGCUGGGGGACAAAGCGGAGUACAUGGAGAUGGAAGAGGGCGUCACGGAGUCCCUGUGCGGCCUGGACAAGAGUCCCAGUAAAGGGAACGGAACGGACAUUAGCAGACGGAACAGUACUAACUCCAAAUCGAUUCAGACUGACGUGUGAUUACAGUAUUUUUUUUAAUUAUCAUUAUUAUUCGUUUCCCUAAAUAGAGACAUUGUUAGAGACACCCAAAAAACGAGCUUUACGCACGGGUCGUGCAGAGUUCCGCCUCCUCCUCUCGCUCCCUCAUGCAGUCAAGCAGGUCACCAUGGUAACCAGGUCCAACAAACUCUAGAUUCACCUUAUUAAGACCAACAUUUGCCGAAUGGACAUUAGCAGACGGAACAGUACUAACUCCAAAAUAUAUUCAGACUGACGUGUGGUUACAAUAUUUUUUAUUAUUAUUAUUAGAGACAUUGUUAGAGACACCCAAAAACGAGCUUUACGCACGGGUCAUGCAGAGUUCCGCCUCCACGCAGUCAAGCAGGUCACCAUGGUAACCAGGUCAAACAAGCCACACCAUUAGGACCAACAUAUGCCGAAUGGACAUUAGCAGACGGAACAGUACUCAUUCCAAAAUAUAUUCAGACUGACGUGUGAUUACAAUAUUUUUAUUAUUAUUAUUAGAGACAUUGUUAGAGACACCCAAAACGAGCUUUACGCACGGGUCGUGCAGAGUUCCGCCUCCAUGCAGUCAAAGCUUAUAAAAAAAAAGCUUGGUCACCAUGGUAACCAGGUCAAACAAGCCACACUAUUAGGACCAACAUGUGCCGAAUGGACAUUAGCAGACGGAACAGUACUAACUCCAAAAUAUAUUCAGACUGACGUGUGAUUACAAUAUUUUUUUUUAUUAUUAUUAAAAACAUUGUUUAUUAUUAUUAAAAACAUUGUUAGAGACACCCAAAAAACGAGCUUUACGCACGGGUCGUGCAGAGUUCCGCCUCCAUGCAGUCAAAGCUUGGUCACCAUGGUAACCAGGUCCAACAAACUCUAGAGCCACACUAUUAGGACCAACAUUUGCCGAAUGGACAUUAGCAGACGGAACAGUACUAACUCCAAAUCGAUUCAGACUGACGUGAUUACAAUAUUUUUUAUUACUAUUAGAGACAUUGUUAGAGACACCCAAAACGAGCUUUACGCACGGGUCGUGCAGAGUUCCGCCUCCAUGCAGUCAAAGCUUGGUCACCAUGGUAACCAGGUCAAACAAGCCACACUAUUAGGACCAACAUCUGCCGAAUGGACAUUAGCAGACGGAACAGUACUAACUCCAAAUCGAUUCAGACUGAAGUGAUUUACAAUUUAUUUUUUAUUAUUAUUAGACACAUUGUUAGAGACACCCAAAAAACGAGCUUUACGCACGGUUCGUGCAGAGUUCCGCCUCCAUGCAGUCAAGCAGGUCACAAUGGUAACCAGGUCAAACAAACUCUAGAGCAGUGGUUCUUAACCUUGUUGGAGGUACCGAACAAGUAUGCGUAUUCACCGAAAAAUAAAAUGUUUUGUAUUUUUUUGCAAAUUUAAGACAAAGUAGUAUGUUUUUGGUACCAAUUUACUAUGUAGGAACAUAUUCUAAGGAACAAACACUUAAUUUAGAGUUAUUUGGACACAAGGGGAACAUAUUCUAAGUAACAAAGACUUAAUUUAGAGUUAUUUGGACACUAGAGGAACAUAUUCUAAGUAACAAAGACUUAAUUUAGAGUUAUUUGGACACUAGGGGAACAUAUUCAAAAUUGAUUCAGAGUUAUUUGGUUAGGGUUGGGGUUAGAAGGUUAGGGUUUGAUUGAUUGAUUGAUUGAUUGAUACUUUUAUUAGUAGAUUGUACAGUACAGUACAUAUUCCGUACAAUUGACCACUAAAUGGUAACACCCGAAUACGUUUUUCAACUUGUUUAAGUCGGGGUCCACGUUAAUCAAUUCAUGGUUAAAAUAGCGCCAUGCCUAAUAAGGCAUUAAGAAGUACUUAAUAGUCAAGAGCCAAUAUGUUACUAAUUUGCAUGUUAAUAAGCAACUAAUUAAUGGUGGAUAUGUUCCCCAUACUAAAGUGUUACCAUGUUUUUUUUACUGGUGCACAAAAUGAACCGUGCAUGAACAUCACCUUGUUUAAACAACAAAACCAACACAGUGCAUAAACUCACAACAAAUGACACACCUGCAAAUCAGUCAGCUGUUGCUGUAUCCGUAAUACGCCGAUAGGGAGAAGUUUUUAUUUGCACGAUGAGUCGGGCCUGUUUUGACCUCCGCCGAACCCCUGAGCCCGACUCACCCAACCUUAGGGUUCGAUCGAACCCAGGUUAAGAACCACUGCUCUGGAGCCACACUAUUAGGACCAACAUCUGCCGAAUGGACAUUACCAGACGGAACAGUACUAACUCCAAAUCGAUUCAGACUGACGUGUGAUUAUAAUACUUUUUUAUUAUCAUUAUUAUUGUUUCCCUAAAUAGAGACAUUGUUAGAAACACCCAAAAAACGAGCUUUGCGCACGCGUCCUGCAGAGUUCCGCCUCCAUGCAGUCAAAGCUUGGUCACCAUGGUAACCAUGUCAAACAAACUCUAGAGCCACACUAUUAGGACCAACAUUUGCCAAAUGGUUUAUUCAUUUGAUUCAUCUUAAAUUGGUUUCUAAAUUAGGCAAGAAAGUACGCACUGCACUGUGCACUUUAUGAAAUACAUCUUGAUGGGUAGUGCAAUAAAGCCAAGUUUGAGCGAGGGAAUAUUUAGAGCGGUGGUUCUCAAACUUAUUUUGGAAAAAAACAAACGUUGCUCUCCAAGUAUCAACGUAAUGUCCAACGUUAAAAUACGGUAGCGCAGUAGGCCUAAGUACCGUAUUUCCUUGAAUUGCCGCCGGGGCGCUAAUUAAUUUAAAACCUUUUCUCACUCCUGUGCUUACCAAAGGCAUGCGGUAAAAGUAAGCAUGCGCUAAUUAUUUUAAAACCUUUUCUCACUCCAGCGCUUACCAAAGGCAUGCGGUAAAAGUAAGCAUGCGCUAAUUAUUUUAAAACCUCUUCUCACUCCGGCACUUACCAAAGGCAUGCAGUAAAAAUUUGAGUGUGAUGUAAGCUUGGACCUUAAACCCUACUGAAUAGCUCUUAAUCUUCUUCCCUUUAUGCAAUUUCAAAUUACCGGUAUUGAAAUCAGCCUCCUCCAUUUUGAAAAUGAUGACAGGGGAAGUGUCACUCGUGACGUCACGAGUUUGACCAGGCGGUAAUUCAAGGCAGGCGCAUACUAUACGCCCUGCGGCAAUUCAAGGAAAUACGAUAUUCAUUAAAAACAAGGCAGAUGUUUUAUUUAACACGUGUUUUUAACAAUUUUGGCCACACAGUUUGAACGGUAACACUGUGUUUGAAUUUAGGAAGAAGAAAAAAAAACUACCUAAAUUAUGAACCAACUCUUCGGCGUACCUGUAGACCAGGGGUGUCAAACAUACGGGCCGCGAACAUGUUUAAUAUGGCCCGCGAGAUGAGGUUGCUAAGUAUAAUAUUGAGCCGAAAUUUUUGAAACUGCUGUACUAAAUGUGUCCACUAGAUGUCGGAAUAGCAAUUCUUUGUAUCUUUGUAGAUAAUGCUACAUAUGUAAAAAAAUAAAAAAUAAACCACAUGAUAGUGCACCAGUCGAGGAAAAUGAGCACAACUAAAUAACAUCCUGUAAUUUGAUUUUUAUAUUAUUUUUUUUAUCUUGAUAGAUUGAAAUUUAACACCCAUAAGUCGACUGAAGAACAUUAGUACAUAAUUUAUUCAGAAAGUAUAAAUACAAACAAAUAAAGAUAGAAUACUAUUAACCGUAACAUGGAAGUGGAAAAAAAACAAAACACAUCAACAACAACAUACAUUUUUAAACAAAAAAUACAAUCUGAAGUUGUCUUUAUUUUUAAAUGAUCGUGGCAUGAUUUUACCACUUGGGAGUAGUUUUUUCUCCAUGUGACCCACGAUCCAAAAUUAGUUUGACACCCUUGCUGCAGUUUGAGAAUCACUGGCUUAGAAUACACACACUGAGGUACAUUUUUGUCUUUUUAGGACACUGAAUUUAUUUAAGGGCAUUUUUUGUGUUUGAAUUUUUUUUACAUCAAAGUAUGCUGACAAAAUGUCUGUGUUUAAAAUAAUGAAAAAAAAAAAAGGUUAAAAUGUAAACAUUCAGUGUGUAAAAAAACAGUAUAAAAAAAAAAUCAGUGCAGAAAUAGUGGUUGCUUUAAAACUCAAUACUCACUUCUGGUAAAUUAAGAAUGAAGCAAUCAUCCUGUCUCAGAAGCAGCCAAUGAGGUGACAAGUUUGCAGUCAUGUGACCCAGGGUCACAAAAAAACUUCAACAAAUCUUUCCAUCUUUUUUUUUACACUGGAUUUUUAUCAAACGCACCAAUUUUGCUCACCAAUUUUCAAUCAGUGGGAUUGUCAGCAUAAUUUGCUUAAAAAAAAAUUCAGUUCACAAAAUUCAGUGCCCAAAACAAUCUUUGGGAAUUAAGGCACACAUUAACCUCUAUAUCAUCAAUACAUUCAUCUCAAUAGAUUACAAUGUUGAACAUAAGUCAGGCUAUAAGAGAGCAAAUUAAAGCGGGGGUCUCCAACCUUUAAACUGAUUUUUGGUAGCGUAGUUAAAGAAUAUGUGCUUAAACCAGGGGUAUCCAAAGUGUGGCUCGAGGGCCAUUUGCAGCUCGCUGCUCGAUUUUUUUUUGACCUGCAAAAAAUUGUCUGAAUCAAAUGAAACAUUCAAACAAUAGUACGAAUGUAAGAAAUAAAGCAAAAAAAAUAAUUACUAUAUUGAGGAAAAAGCUAAAAUGUUGAUACGUAUAGCUAAUAAUAAUACACUUUGUCACUUAUAACACAAAUCUGACACAAAGUUUUGUCUUUACAUAUAGUGUUUGUUAUGAUUUUUUUAAUAACAUAAAAAACAUUUAAACCCUUGGCUUAAACUUAGUAUUUUUAUAGCUCUACAUGAUGCCUUGAUUUAAUGACAAAUUAGCUCAAAAUAGCAUACAACGAUACUUUAUGAGUGGAAACAUGCUUUCUAUUUAAAAUACAAUUUAAUGGUUGCCACUCAUAAAAAUAGAACGCAAAAUCUCAAAUAGGGAUUCGAAAAACUGCACUAGAAAGAAAUUCAUACUGAAAUAUAAGAUGCAGAUGAAAAUACAAACCCCGUUUCCUUAUAAGUUGGGAAAUUGUGUUAGAUGUAAAUAUAAACGGAAUACAGUGAUUUGCAAAUCCUUUUCAACCCAUAUUCAAUUGAAUGCACUACAAAGACAAGAUAUUUGAUGUUCAAACUCAUAAAUAAAAACUUUUUUUUGCAAAUAAUAAUUAACUUCGAAUUUCAUGGCUGCGACACGUGCCAAAGUAGUUGGGAAAGGGCAUGUUCACCACUGUGUUACAUCACCUUUUCUUUUAACAACACUCAAUAAACGUUUGGGAACUGAGGAAACUAAUUGUUGAAGCUUUGAAAGUGGAAUUCUUUCCCAUUGUUUUAUGUAGAGCUUCAGUCGUUCAGUCCGGGGUCCCCGCUGUCGUAUUUUACGCUUCAUAAUGCGCCACACAUUUUUGAUGGGAGACAGGUCUAGACUGCAGGCGGGCCAGGAAAGUACCAGCACUCUUUUUUUUACGAAGCCACGCUGUUGUAACACGUGCUGAAUGUGGCUUGGCAUUGUCUUGCUGAAAUAAGCAGGGGCGUCAAUGAAAAACACGGCGCUUAGAUAGCAGCAUAUGUUGUUCCAAAACCUGUAUGUACCUUUCAGCAUUAAUGGUGCCUUCACAGAUGUGUAAGUUACCCAUGCCUUGGGCACUAAUGCACCCCCAUACCAUCACAGAUGCUGGCUUUUGAACUUUGCGUCGAUAACAGUCUGGAUGGUUCGCUUCCACUUUGGUCACGAUGACACAAUGUCGAAUAUUUCCAAAAACAAUUAGAAAUGUGCACUUGUCAGACCACAGAACACUUUUCCACUUUGCAUCAGUCCAUCUUAGAUGAUCUCGGGCCCAGAGAAUCCUGCAGCGUUUCUGGAUGUUGUUGAUAAAUGUCUUUCGCUUUGCAUAGUAGAGCUUUAACUUGCACUUACAGAUGUAGCGAUGAACUGUAUUCAGUGACAGUGGUUUUCUGAAGUGUUCCUGAGCCCAUGUAGUGAUAUCCUCUCGAGAUUGAUGUUGGUUUUUGAUACAGUGCCGUCUGAGGGAUUGAAGGUCACGGUCAUUCAAUGUUGGUUUCCGGCCUUGCCGCUUACGUGGAGUGGUUUCUCCAGAUUCUCUGAACUUUUUGAUGAUAUUAUGGACCGUAGAUGUUGAAAUCCCUACAUUUCUUGCAAUUGCACUUUGAGAAACGUUGUGCUUAAACUGUUUGACUAUUUGCUCACGCAGUUGUGGACAAAGAGGUGUACCUCGCCCCAUCACUUCUUGUGAAAGACUGAGCAUUUUUUGGGAAGCUGUUUUUAUAGCCAAUCAUGGCACCCACCUGUUCCCAAUUAGCCUGCACACCUGUGGGAUGUUCCAAAUAAGUGUUUGAUGAGCAUUCCUCAACUUUAUCAGUAUUUUUUGCCACCUUUCCCAACUUCUUUGUCACGUGUUGCUAGCAUCAAAUUAAACUGAAGUUAAUGAUUAUUUGCAGACAAAAAACAUGUUUAUCAGUUUGAACAUCAAAUAUCUUGUCUUUGU